AUGGCAUGCGCGCUCGUCUUCAAUCGCCGGCUUACAAAAACAUCCGUAUGCUUGUUGUCCCUGCUCCUUUCCUACGUGGGUUACUGCGCCUUAUUCCACGCAGACCCCCUCAUGCCGCCCGUCUCGGGCGAUCCGUCACCAAGCUGCAAUCGGAGGCUACCAGCCGAUGGAAGCUGCGCGUCUCCACCCCCGUCUGCCGUGGAGGCAUCCAGGGUGAAGGCAGCCGAGGGGUCGCCCUCAAUUUCGCUUCACGCCAGGAGCGACACGCCCAGUCCGCCUAUGGGCCACCCAAAGUUCGGCAAUAAAAAGUUGCCCAAUGCCAUCAUAGUUGGCGUGAAAAAAGGAGGAACAAGGGCAGUUCUGGAGUUUAUACGGAUCCACCCGGACGUGAGAGCUGCGGGGACUGAGACGCACUUCUUUGACAGGCAUUAUGACAGAGGGUUCGAGUGGUACAGAGCUUCAAUGCCAAGGACUCUUGAAGGGCAGCUCACCAUGGAGAAAACGCCCAGCUACUUUGUGACGAAAGAGACGCCGCACAGAAUCGCCGCGAUGUCCCGAGACACCAAACUCAUCGUGGUGGUUCGCGACCCCGUCACCCGAGCCAUCUCGGAUUACACCCAGACUUUGUCCAAAACACCUGACUUGCCGAGCUUCCAGGAACUGGCCUUCCGGAACCAGACUUUGGGCUUGGUGGACGCGUCUUGGAACGCCAUUCGCAUCGGGCUGUACGCCCUCCACCUGGAGAACUGGCUGCGCUACUUCCCUCUAGCGCAGAUCCACUUUGUCAGCGGCGAGCGGCUCAUCACCGACCCGGCGGGCGAGCUGGCUCGGGUGCAGGACUUCCUGGGGCUCAAGCGCAUCGUCACGGACAAGCACUUCUACUUCAACCGCACCAAAGGCUUCCCGUGCCUCAAGAAACCGGAGAGCAGCGGCUCGCCUCGCUGCCUGGGCAAGUCCAAGGGCAGGACCCACGUCCAGAUCGACCGAGACGCCAUCGAACAGCUCCGGGACUUCUACAGACCCUUCAACGUCAAGUUCUACGAGAUGGUGGGUCAUGAUUUUAAGUGGGAGUAG